AUGCCGGGGUAUAUAGAGCCCAGUCACAUGUGGAUGAUCAUUCUGGUGAUCAUCGUCUGGUUCGUCUUCAAGUCCUUCUCUGUGGUCAUUGACGAGUUCGCAGGGUGGGUGCGAUCCAAGGUCCAGCAUCGACUGGACCGGCAAGACUCAUCGACAAACUCGGCGAAUGCCUCGGAGGCCAGCCCAGACCGCCGUUGGCGUCUGACGCGCCUGGUAGCGAGUAUCAUCCGUCGGUUACCGUGGACGAGGACCCGACAGUCCAAUGUUGAUCAUGCCUCGGAUAUCGAGAGUCUAGAGCGGUUCACGACACCUCCCUUGGGGGAUGACUCGCGUGAAUACUCUAUCCCUCUCCAGAAUAUCCCACGACAGCAGGAAGGUCGCCGGGCGUCCCAGCCCGAUGCCGGAGCAGGUGCUGGUGAUAGCAACGCAGUCACUACGGGGCUCGCUGGUAUCGCCAGUGUCGAUUGCGAAGGUAGUCAAAUCGAUGAUCACUAG